UAAUACACAUACAUAUAUCAGGAUGUGUGAUUAAGAAGCUCGCUUUGUAACCAUGUGAUUUCGGGAUCGGUUCCACAGCGCGGCACCUUAGAUAAGUGUCUUCUACUAUAGCCCCGGGCCUACCAAUGCUGUGUAAGAGAAUCUGGUAGGUGGAAAUUGUAUGAAAAUCCGUUGUAUGUACAUAUGAGUGUAUCUUUGUGUGUAUUAACGUCUCCCACCGCUAGACAACCGGUGUUUUUGUUUACAUCCCCGUAAUCUAGUAGUUCGGCAAAAGAAAGCAAUAGAAGUAGUACCAGACUAUACAAAAAGUAUUUUAAAAAGUACUGAGGUGAUUUGCUCAACUAAACACUUUCAGGCUGUGCUCCCGCAUGGCCAUAGUCCAAUGGCUGAACCAAGUAUAAGUUUACUAACAAAACUUUCAUUUUCAGCUACUUACUAAUAUAAACAGUUGCAAUUCGAGGAUUUCUUGUUACAUCUUUAUGAAAUUGAUCUGGCAAACCUACACUCAACAGUAACCGCCUUUAAGGGGAAAAAAUAGGUUCCAUUGAGUAGUCUUCGAUGAUGAAAAAUGGGAUGGCCAGAGUUGGGAUGCUUUUACUCAUAAGGACAACUGGAUCCGAGCUGACAUUGGAAUUUAACAACAAACUAAAACAAGAUACAUUCAACUUCAUACAUUACAAAACUACAUGAACAUGAGUAAAAAAACAAUCAUUAUAAAUAAAACAAAAUAAUACAAAGUCGAAAAAGCCCUCGUAAUGACGACAAAAAAAAAUCAGUAUAAAAAUAAGGCUUCAAGUUUACUUCAGGAUAACAAAGAAAUUAUUACAGUGACAUUACGAUGAAAAAAUCCUCCGAUGCUUUCAUUUAUUAUUUCCUUUGAACAGUACUUCGAUCACAGGAACUCCAGACUGGAUAUAUUGACGGCAGAGUUGGAUAUGAGAAGGGUUUGACUUCUAUUUCUACUGGAUCGAGUGACUAAGUAAAAGCUCUCAGGUUUCUGAAAUGAUUUUUUGUUUUUGGCCUGUUAGCUUACACGUGUUUAGUUAAUAACAUGUAAACGUUCGAAUCGACAUUGAGGUUAUCCAACAAGUCAGCACAUCGUAGUGUUGUUGCUCUAACUUGACGUUUAUUCGUUCCACGAUCCUCUGAGGCAUCAUGUUUAGCUGGAUGUGCGUUAGAUUGUGUCGAUUGUCUCGUCGCACGGCUCAUUCUGGACAUUUAUCAGGCCGACUGAAAAUCACAUAUAUAAACACUAGGAAGCUACAUGUUUCGAAUAAGUGUCUUCAGAAGAAAGACCGCCUCUACCUGAAAGCAAUCUAUGAACAACGGAAGGCUCAGUUAAAAGAUUAUGAUCUUCCUGCUAAUGUCAACAGGAAAGCAAUUUUUGCCAAUAAUGAAGUACAGCUUCAGGAAAUUGAAGUUUAUGGAUUUGACUAUGACUAUACAUUGGCAUCUUACACACCAGAAUUACAUGAUCUCAUCUAUGAUUUGGGCAGAGAUUCAUUGGUCUAUAAUAGUAAGUAUCCUGAGGGCCUGCGUGAAAUGAAAUAUGAUCCUAACUUUGCUGUUCGUGGACUUCACUAUGAUGUCCGAAAAGGUCUCUUAAUGAAAAUUGAUUCUUUCCAUCAUAUUAUGUUGGGAACUGUCUACAGAGGUCUGAGGCCAGUUGUUGAUGAGGAAGUGAAGGAGCUAUAUGAUGGCACACAUGUACCGCUGGAGAGUAUGAAUACUUUCUAUGGAACUGGUUUAAUGCAUCAAUUGAUGGAUCUGUUUGCCCUUCCAGAAAUUACGCUGUUAGCAAAUGUUACUGAGUACUUCCUUCGUAACAGUAUUCCUUUUGACCCUGAAUAUGUCUUUCAUGAUGUCCGAUCUGCAGUACAAGACAUUCACUUAUCUGGUCAGCUACAUCAAGAAAUCAUGUCUAAUAUUGGAAAAUAUUUAGUUAAAGGCCCUGAAGUGUUGAUGUUGUUACAACGAUUAACAGAAGCUAACAAAAAAUUAUUUCUUAUUACAAACAGCGGCUUUCCUUUUGUAGAUGCUGGCAUGCGCUAUAUUGUUGGUCCUGAUUGGCAAAGUCUUUUUGAUGUUGUCAUCACCAAUGCAAGGAAGCCAAAAUUCUUUAAUGAAGCCACAAGACCUUUCCGUAUAUAUGAUGCUCACACUGGGACACAGUCUUGGGACCGUGUGCAUAGACUUGACAAAGGAAGGGUGUAUCAACAGGGCAAUUUUUCACUUUUGCGACAGAUGACAGGAUGGUUUGGUUCAAAGGUGUUUUAUUUUGGUGAUCAUGUUUACAGUGACCUAGCAGAUGUUGCCCUGAGGCAUGGCUGGAGAACUGGAGCUAUCAUUCCUGAACUUGAGAAUGAAAUAGAUAAAAUCAAUGCCACAGACUACAAAGUAGCGGUCAGGUGGGGCAUGGUUCUGCAGCAAAUGAUAGAAUAUUGCCAGGAUACUACUGCUCUUGAAGACACAGAAAUUCUAAAAGAAUGGCUUCAUGAAAGAGACUUAGUGAGGGCAUAUGCCAAAGAGAUUUUCAACCCACAUUUUGGAAGCGUGUUCCGUACUCAUCACAAUCCUACAUAUUUUUCUCGGCGGCUCUCUCGUUUUGCUGAUUUAUACAUGUCUAAUUUGACCAACUUACUUCGCUAUUCAGUUGACCAUACUUUCUAUCCACGUCGGUUGGCAUUACCUCAUGAAUCACAACCAUUUGCCAGUAUGUUUACAUGACAUGUGAUAUCAUAAUCGCUUUUGUUCUGCAUAUUGUGAUUAGUAAAAUAGGAAAACUUGGUAAGUGAUUUAAAUAUUUUAAGUUAGAUAUCUAAAUACAUUUUAUUUCCUUUGUUAGAAAAUAGCAUAAAACUUCAAAUUCUAUUUAAUGAAUGGAAACUAAAUUUAUGGAAUACAAAAUACAUAAUUUAGUUUUAAUAGUUCUAAUUCAAAAUAAUUAUUUCAUUUUUUUUUUAUUCCUUAACCAAAUUAUUACAGCAGUUAUCUUUACUUUCCUUUAGUUAGAAAUUUCAACCAAAUCUCCUUCAAGUCAUAUCUUAUUGUUUCAGAAAAGGACACAUCAAAUGAUAUGAUCUUGGGUUCAUUAUGCUUCCAGAUGGUCAUAGCUGGAAUAAUUAUAGAUCUGCUCUAUCAGAAUUUACCUGAGGCUAAACAUCAAUACAACUAGCAUGAUGUUUCACUGCAGGUGGCUUUUACAUAGAUUUCCUAAGCCUCAUAUUUAGUUUCGUCCUUCUAUGUUUUGAGUAUUUUGAUUCCUCAUAUUUUUACUCAAAAUAUAUACUAGUCAUGUACU